AUGGUAAUGGGACAGAAAAAUGUUUGUAAAGCCAAACAGAAACUGGAAAAACUAAGAUGUCAGCUAAACUGGGAUCACCAGGCUUUAGAGGCCUGGCUUGAAGCCUGUGCCCAAAAAGAUGAAGACUCCAUGAUAAUAUUAAAAUAUGCUAAGCAAGAUGAAAGCAAAAUACGAGAACUGUCAUUGAACAUUGAAAAGCUGACAGAUGAAUUGAUCCAAAGGCGCAGAAUUCUAGAUAAUGAAUUAACUGACACUAUAACAGCCCAGAUAGAAUUGGAUAAGACAGCUGAAGACUUCCGUCGGGCUCAUGUAGAAAGAGUUGAGCUUCUCUGUCAGUGGGAGAACACAAUUGAACAGAUGAAGAAAAGAGAUCAACAAAUUGAUGAAUGCUCACAGCUACUCACUGAAGUAAAACAAGAAAUCAGAGAAAAAGAAGCCCUAAUCAAAGAAAGAAAUGAAUUACUGCACACUGUAAUGCUAAAAAACAAGCAAAGUAAAAGAAAUAUUACAUAUUUAGACCGGAAUGCAGAUAAACUUCGAGAAGAAUGCAUUCAGCAGGAGAGCAAGUUCUCAGUCCUUCAGAGUGAGCUUGAAAGCUUAAAAAAGCUACUAGGCAGGACUACUACUGAUCUAGAAAUCAAAAAAGCCCAACUGGAAAGCAUGGGAAAUGAAAUUUUGGAAAAACAUAAAAAGCUAAAAGAAGCUAAGGAAACAAAUGAGGCCCUUACUCAGAAACUGAAAACAUUUAAUGAGUCAUUGAUGGAAUCAUCAUUACUUGUGAAGGAGAAAACAGAAAAAAUGGAAAGAACAAUAAAAGAGAUGGAGAGAACCAUUAAGAACUUGGAGAACCAACUUAUAUGCUUGAAGGGCAUACAAGCUAAAAGAACACAAGAGCUGCAAAACCAAAUGUUGAAAGAGGAAAAUAUUCUGGCCAAAAUAAAUAUUAGAAAAACAUGUGUACAAAGCCUCAAUUACCGUAUAAGUAAAGUAGAUUGCGAGGCAGAAAAGCAAAUACAACUUGCUUAUAAUCAGGAUUUCAGGAUACAAUAUUUAGAAAGAAAGAUAACAAGGAUGGAGAAGGAGCAUGAUACUGAGAAGCAGGCAAUUGAAGCUAAGACAGAAGAGCUGACCAACAUUCUUCAGGAGAAGAAGGCCACUUGUAGCUUUUUGUCAACACAACUUAAAAGGCUACAGGAUGAAGUUCGGUAUGUUAAAACAAAACUGGACAAAACAGUAUCAGAGUGUUCUGAUCUUGAUGCUAAGAUUCCUCAACUAAAUAUUGUCAUUGAUGUGUCAACAAAAGAAGUGAAGACGCUUAAGAUCAAAAAGCAGGAGGCUCUGGCUGAGGUUAAUGUUAUGAAACUGCACAUAAAGCGUCUGCGAGACCUACUAUACAGUAAGACAGAUAUUACAAUUUCUUUAGAGAAGAGAAAACUGUUAUUACAGAAUGCAAUGAGGGAAAGGCAAGAUGAAAUCAAGGUCCAUCGGGAAAUGCUUCACACUCAGUACAGACUAAUAGACCAGGAACGUCAAGCAAUCAGCAUGGAAGUCAAUGAAAAAUUAGCUAAAAUAGAGAAAUUAAAAAAAAGGUAUGAAGUUGUUACACUUGCCAUUGCGCCUCCAGAAGGAGAACAGGAGUCCACUCAAGCAUAUUAUAUUGUCAAGGCUGCUCAGGAGAAAGAGGAGCUUCUCCGUGAAGGAAAUGAAUUGGAUACCAAAAUUCACAAGACGGAAAAAGAAAUAGAAGCAUUAGAAAAUACAUUAGACUUACUUAAUCGCCACAAUUCAACAUAUAGAAAAUCAGUUAAUAAAGUUACAGACUCAGGUGAAGAUUAUGAAGAAAAAUUAAAACUUGAAGAGAAAAAUCAAAUACUUGAAGGGAAAUUCCUAGAUAAAGCAAAACAGAAAGAACAGGUCCAAGAAGAGAUGCAGUCUAUGAACAACAUGCUUGAGAAUCUAAAGAUUACUGAAGCCUCACUGAUUACAGACAAAUUGGAAAUAGAAAGUCGGAUUCAGAGUUUAAAUAAAGAAGUGGAGUACCAAAAGGAAAAACUGGACAGAGCCAAGAAACAGUGUGUAAAACUGCAUAAGGAAAUUAAUUCUUCAAGACAAAGUGAAGGGGAAAUCCCAGAAGAGCAAGAAAUUAUGUUGCGCGAAUUAAGAGAUUUCAGUAAGUCUCUUAAUAAAAUGAUAGCUGAAGUCAUGGUUGAUCAGCCCAGUUUGGCUUUGAUACUUGAAGUAUUCUAUAAUCAGCCGGCAGGAUACAAGAGUCCUCGAGAUGACGGAGGGACAGGACCUCAAUACCGUGCUGCAGACCAUGAAUGCCCAACUCCAGGCCCUGCAGCAGGCGCAAGCCAACACCACCCGGGAGUUAGAGGCCACGAAGGCCAGGCUGGCCGAGGCGCAACGCAACAGGCAAGAGCCGGCCAAAGCAAAGCCUCCUCCACUGGUAACUUUGACCGAGGCAGACGAUAUAGAAUCCUACCUCGGGAUAUUUGA